CUGACCGAUGAAGAGAAGGAAGCUAUAGAGAGAGAGAGGAGGAGGAGGAGGAGGAGUGAGAGAAAGAGAACCGGGGGUAUUACGGAUAGGCAGAGUGGAAGAAGAGGCCAUCCCGUGAAUGGACACUCGAGUAACUUCUGACAACCCUGAAACAUUACAAUAUCCUGCAAGAAUUGUUUUCCUCCAUUUGCGCAGGAACAAGCCAAGAAGCGCCGGCUGGAAGGAGGAAGAUGAUGCGGUGAUAUCAUGAGCAUAGCCGGCCAGGGAGAGAGAAAGAGAGACAGAGAGGAAGAGAGGGAGGAAGAGGGAGGAGAGUCGGCUACCUACCACCAGGCCAGCUGAGGAUGCUGCUUGUUGUUUCUAGAAACAGGAUUCAUCACUUGGCCGAGCGCUGAUCGUCCUCCUCCGGACGCGUCGAGGCGCACCUCAGUCCGCAGCAGCAGCAGCUGUUUCUCCUGCCUGUCUGCCUGUCUGUCUGUCUGUCUGGCCUAUUUUGAUGCUCCUCUUCCUCUAUUUCCUGAUGCAGGGCCGGGGAGGGGUGAGCCAAAGUGUGCACCGGAUAUUGGAAAACCCAUUCUUCUUGCUGAUGCUGUUGUGAUAAUAGAUUAUUAUCUUGGACCCAACGCUCCGCAUCCCACUGACUAACCAAAAACGAGGCCCAUGCAGGCUUGAGGAGGAAGGAAAGAAGAAAGCAAAAGGAGGAAUGUAUAUGUAUGUGCUUUGGAGAACAUUUUUAUUUUUGGACGGUAGCAGCAGCGAGGAAGGGGGUCCCUGAUAUCGAUCAGAGAAAUGGAUUCAAUCAGGGUUAUUCUGACUUGGGAUAUUUGAGACUCUGUGUCCAGGUUCUUGAAUGAGAUCUUUCUUUUCUGCUCCACUUUUUCUGCUCCAGCUGCAUAAGCUAUAUAUACAGGAUCAAUCAGCUUUAAAACUACUGUUAUUUAUAUAGCAGGUUUUUAAUUGGGAUUACAUCUCCCAUCACUGGCAAACCUCGUCUUCUUUCUGAUCUUUUUUCUACUCUGAAUGAUGCUGCUGUGAAAGAGACACUGUGGGAAAUACUUUAUUCUAAGGCCUUUUACAGAGUGGAAACUGGGCCGGUUCUCACUCUCCAGCACGGACCUAUAGCCGCAUGACAAACAAGUGCAUGGGAGUAGCCUGCAGGGCCCGGCUUUAGAUCACGACCAGUCAGUCCUCUCCUCUCCUCUCCUCUCCAUACAGCCGCCUGGGAUGUGCGUUACAGCAUUACGCACGGAGCAGGAGCGACCGCUAUCUUGAUCUUGCCUUAUUUCAGGAAUAGAAAAUUUCACCCCCUCGGGAGAAAGAUGAGCAGCAAGGAGCUGACGGUGGGCCAGUCCAGCCAGUAUGUGGGGCCUUACCGGCUGGAGAAGACCCUCGGGAAGGGACAGACAGGACUGGUGAAGUUGGGCGUCCACUGUAUAACAGGACAGAAGGUGGCCAUAAAGAUUGUCAACAGAGAGAAACUCUCCGAAUCGGUUCUAAUGAAGGUGGAGAGAGAAAUAGCUAUUCUUAAACUAAUAGAGCACCCUCACGUUCUGAAGCUGCAUGAUGUCUAUGAGAAUAACAAAUACCUGUAUCUGGUUUUGGAGCAUGUGUCCGGCGGAGAGUUAUUUGACUACCUGGUGAAGAAGGGCAGGCUGACCCCCAAAGAGGCCAGGAAGUUCUUCAGACAAAUCAUCUCCGCCCUUGACUUCUGCCACAGUCACUCCAUAUGUCACAGAGACCUGAAGCCAGAAAAUCUUCUCCUGGAUGAGAAGAACAACAUCAGGAUAGCAGACUUCGGCAUGGCCUCGCUACAAGUCGGGGACAGCCUGUUGGAAACUAGUUGUGGAUCCCCACAUUAUGCUUGCCCAGAGGUCAUAAGGGGGGAGAAGUACGAUGGUCGCAGAGCAGAUGUUUGGAGUUGUGGAGUCAUCCUCUUUGCUCUUCUUGUGGGGGCCUUGCCCUUUGACCACGACAACCUGCGGCAGCUUUUAGAGAAAGUGAAGAGCGGGGUAUUCCACAUGCCCCACUUUAUACCUCCCGACUGUCAAGCUUUGCUCAAAGGAAUGAUAGAAGUCAACCCUGACAAGAGACUCACGCUAGAAGCAAUACAGAAACACCCCUGGUACCAGGGUGGUCGUAAUGAGCCUUGCCCAGAGCAACCGCCGCCUCGCCGGGUGUGUGUGAAGAGGAUCCUGUCCUUAACAGACCUUGACCCUGAUGUCCUGGAAAGCAUGUACUCCUUAGGGUGCUUCAGAGACCGGGUCAAACUCACACAGGACCUUACAAGUGAGGAGGAGAACCAGGAGAAGAUGAUCUACUACCUCCUGUUGGACAGGAAGGAGCGAUACCCCAGCUGUGAAGAUGAGGAUCUGCCACCCAGAAAUGACCUAGACCUCCAAGACCCACCAAGGAAGCGUGUGGACUCCCCAAUGUUGACGCGCCAUGGCCGCUGUCGUCCAGAGAGGAAGAGCCUGGAGGUCCUCAGUGUCACAGAUCAGGGGUCUCCCACCCCACCGCGCAGGGCCCUGGAUACUAAUGCACACAGCCAGAGGUCUCGUUCAGUCAGUGGCGCGUCCACAGGUCUGUCCUCCAGUCCUCUCAGCAGCCCCAGGAGCCCGGUCUUCACUUUCAGCCAAUCAGAAGUCACCUCCUCCAAAGACCCCAAACCAGGAAGUGCCACCAACUCUCGCCCUACCCGCCCGCCACCCGACCCAAAAACACAGACCCUGCCCUCAAAGGGCCCCACUGAACGGCACCAACUCAACUCCAUGAAGUCCCUCCCUCUCCAGACUCCGCGCUCCCCUUCCCCCUCCCCCUCUCCACUCCUCUCCCCCAUCCCACGCUUCUUCAACUUCCCCUCUCCAUCCGUCUUCAAGUCCAAGAACGCCCACUCAUCCUCUAACUCCUCCUCCACCCCUCCUCCUGUGUCGCAGGUCACGCCGCAGGGCUCGCCGCUGCCCACCCCGCUGGGCACGCCCGUGCACCAAAUCCAACACCCUUCCUCCACCACCCCUCCCUCCUCUUCCUCCUCGUCCUCUUCUUCCAGAGCGGACGGAGGUGGCGGGGCCUCGCUGUCGCUGACGCCGCCCUCCAGCCCGGGCGGCAGCGGCGGUCUGGCCGCCUCGAGCUCCGCCCACUGGAGAACAAGGCUCAACUCGUUCAAAAACAACCUCCUGGGCUCCCCACGCUUCCAUCGGCGCAAACUGCAAGUCCCUACAUCUGAGGACAUGUCCAGUUUGACUCCAGAGUCCAGUCCAGAACUGGCUAAGAAGUCCUGGUUCGGUAACUUCAUCAGCCUGGAGAAAGAGGAGCAGAUCUUUGUUAUGAUCCGAGACAAGCCGCUCAGCUCCAUCAAGGCUGACAUCGUCCAUGCCUUUCUCUCAAUCCCGUCCCUCAGCCACAGUGUGGUGUCUCAGAACAGUUUCCGGGCAGAGUACAAGUCCUCCGGCGGCCCCUCUGUCUUCCAGAAACCUGUCAAGUUCCAAGUGGACAUUGCUUUCUCCGAGGGAGAGAGGGAGCGAGAGAGGGAACGAGCAGCGAGCGAAGGAAGACGAGAGAUGGGCAUCUACAGCGUCACCUUCACUCUAAUAACGGGUCCCAGUCGUAGAUUCAAGAGAGUGGUGGAAACGAUUCAGGCUCAGCUCCUGAGUACUCAUGAUCAGCCUUCUGUGCAGGCACUGGCUGGCCCCUCAGAUGAGAAGAACGGGCAGCUCUCCCGCCAGCCCAGCACCCCUUCGCGUCAGAACUCCCGGCGUUCCGAAAGCGGAUCGGAGCGGGACCGGGGAGAGAAGGAGCAGCGCGCGGCAGACGGGGGGAGCGGAAGCGGGACCGGCAGCGGGACCUCCUUGCAAAGGCGAGGGUCGGGGAAAGACAAGACCAGACUCCUCUCAUCGUCCAACGGGACGCAGUCUCAUCCCUGAAAAGAAUGUUGCGGAAGAGAGGCGAGGGUCAUCUGCCUGGCCUUUUUCUCUUCCUUCCCUCAAUCCUUCCCACAUUCUUUCCUUUCCUAUUUCCUUACUUCCUGCCUUGCUUCCUACCAUUAUUCCAAAGCAAUGGGAUGGAGGAGGGGGGAAGUUUUUCCUUGAAGCUGAUCUAGGGAUAUGACAGAGAAUUCCCCACAAAUGGCUGAUUUUGGCAGAAAUGUAUACUUGUGGGGGUGGCGGAGGCAAGUUCAGCUGAUCUCUAUUCAGCCGUCAAGGGCAUCUUCACCCCGGAGGGACGAGCCCGAAGACAGGAUGUCCAAAAAGUCCCACCUUACCAGAGAAAUACAGGAAAAGCUCAGAGCCAGGGAAACACGUUGUUCACCCGUUACGACAAAUCAAGAAAGCACAUGACCUUCCCACCGACCAAUCACAUGCAACACAUGGUUCAAAUCCAACAGGAAACCUCCAUCAGUCAGUCGAAAUGGCACAGGAAGAUAUUCGCCGAUGACGGAGCCCCUUGAGUCAUUCUCUUUUAUCAUUUUCUGACCAGCCAACUGUCACCUGGAUCAUCAAGUCUCCUCAACACCACCUGACCGAAUCAAACAUGAAGACGUGUUCUCAAGCAAAGCAACAAAACGAGGAUGUCUUAUGAGAAGGAAUUACAGGAAGAGUCUUGAUUUAGACUUGAUUGUUAAAGUGGAUUUUUAUCUAUUAGAUAAUUAGCUAACUUAAAGGGAUAGUUCGGAUUUUUUGAAGUGGGGUUGUAUGAGGUACUUAUCCAUAGUCAGUGUAUUACCUACAGUAGAUGGCGGUUGGUACACCUCCAGUUUGGAGAAGCAGACAGGAGUUACCACACAUAAGCAAAGCAAUAUACUGCUGUGGACAGGGGCAGCAGAAAAACGUAUUUGAGACACCUAAAAAAAAAUCAAUAUCAGUUUAAGUGUACACUAUAUUUAGGAUUCUUUUGCCGGUUUACUUUUCCGUGAGACAGCUAUAGAGUCUAUGUUUCCAACAGGGAACUGAAACUGUUAUCUAUGCUCUUGUCAAAGCCACCAGACUCCAGUGAAAAAAACCUGUAAUUUUACCUUGCAGAACACGGG